GUUGACCACUUCACACACCUACUGUCUGCUGUUGCCCAUUUGACGUGGACACCGGCUACAAGAGAGGCUCAGGGAUUCACCUUGCAUCGGGACAAAGAAAAACAAAAUGCCUGGACCAGCAGCAAGUGCAACCAAUGUGGGGGCGUCUAGCCGUUCCCCCAGCAAGACAGUGGCUCCCCGUGCAGCAGGCUCCACAGUCAGACAGAGGAAAGCCACCAGCAGCGGUACACGCAGUGGUGGCAGGACCACAGGAUCGGCGGGUACAGGGGGCAUGUGGCGCUUCUACACUGAGGACUCGCCAGGCCUCAAAGUCGGCCCGGUGCCAGUGCUGGUGAUGAGUUUGCUCUUCAUUGCUUCGGUCUUCAUGCUGCACAUCUGGGGGAAGUACACUCGUUCUUAAGCCCUGCCUGAUGACCUCUGACCCUGCGCCUCGGCUUCUUAAAAUAUUGGACCUGGACCAAACAACAAAUGAACAACCUUACCCCCCAAUUUUCCCCCCCUCCCACAUCACUACAACACACAAA